AUGGCGUCCCUCCGCCGCCCCUCGCAAUUCAUCCCGGCCAGCCGAGGACCUCCACCCGCUCCGCGAGAUGCUUUCCCCUCAGGCCCGAGCGAGCCCGAGAGACGGAGAGACGCGCGGAAGAGCAAGGUCGGGGAUGCUAUCAAGAGGCGCAUGAGCAUGAGAUAUGCAGGCCCUGGCGAGCUGUACUCUGAAGCCCCGCCUAUGCCCGGUGCUCCCGGCUCCUCAUUCCUCGGCGGAGAUCCAUAUGAGGGUCUCGCGCCCCAGCCGACCAUUCGCGAGGAGGAAGAGGACGACUUGCCUACCGACAUGGGCGUCGCCGUAUCUCGCUUCGACCAGUUCUCCUCACCUUCCUUUGCGCAGGGUGCAGGACCAGCGGUCCCGGGUGCAAAGCGGUCUCAAAUCCAGAGUGGAGACGAGUCCAUUCGGCGGCGUGGAGCGGUCGACACCAGCCGUGAGCAGGAGUGGGACUUUGACGAGUUUGGGAAGGAUGGAUUCGAUAUGGCGGCGUAUAUCAAGCGGACGUUGACGGGGGCGGAUGAGGAGGAGAAGAAGCGGUUCAGGGCGGCGUUGGAGCGGUAUAAGCAGCAGAACGCCAAGGAGAUGCAGCGGAGUGUUUUCAAGCACUACGCUGAGUUCGUGACCAUUUCCAAGGAGAUAUCCACUCUGGAGAAUGACAUGCUGGAGCUGAAAGAGCUAUUGGGCCAAUGGAAGGACCUGCCUCAGCUCAUGGGAAUGAGCGAUACCCUCGCGCCGACACUCGAUAAGAGCGGAAAUAUGGAGCGAAAACGAACUCUCCGGAACUCUAUCCUCGACCUGCAACAGCUGUAUCGCCAGCAGCUCACCACCCUCUGGUCCACCGUCGAGGGAUCUCAGAAAUAUCUCCCUCUCGUACCCGGCCGACACCUCGUAUUCGACACGCACAACUUUGUCGAGCUCAACCCAGCAACAUACAAGGCGAAACAGUCGGUCAGCCUGUUUUUGCUGAGUGAUCUGCUUCUCAUUGCUGGUCGACGACGGACGAAAACCGCGGCGACGGCAUUGGGAGGGGCGGAUGAGAAGGGGAGGGAAAGAGGGAGAAUGGUAGCUGAGCGAUGCUGGGUAUUGGCGGAUCUGGUCGUCAUCGACGUCAAGGAUAGUGGUGACCUUACGAACGCACUCAAGAUCCGACGGGGGAAGGAAGUAUGCGUCUACCGAACAUCUAAAGCAGAAGACAAGAAGGCCCUGCUAGCUGCGUUUAGGCAGGUCUCGCAGGAAUUGAGCGAGAAGAAGCGGAAAGAUAGCGAAAAGGAGCAGGAGAGGAGAAGGACGAUGUGGCAUGGCGAUGACAAGGCGGCGAGCCUGCUCCAGCCAAAUCGACCUUUAUCGACGAUCGGCGGUUCCCUGGCAGAUUCGAAAGAUCUCCGUUGGAUUGACGAUUUUGGGGAUGAGUUGACCAUGGCGAUUGCUACUCGAGACUGGGAAGAAGCAGUCGAGCAGGUAGAGAAGGGUGAGGAAUUGUUGAAGAUUGCCGCUCCGAACGCAUCCGCCCUCACCCUCCUCACCACUCGCAUGAACCAUCUCCGCCCAACCCUCAUCGCGUCCCUCACCGCCGACCUCGCAUACCCCGAUAUCCGGAAGAGCGAGACGAUCCGCCUGAUACACCUACUGGUGCGGUUGGGCCAAGGCAAGAAAGCCCGAGACAGCUUUCUGGGUGCGAGAAAAGAGUCGAUGCUCCACCUCGUCCGGGCCAUCAGGGCUGAGGGUGAUAUCAGCUUGUAUAUCAGCGAGCUGGCAGUAGUGUGCUUUACGGUGAUCAGAAAUACGGGGGAUUGGUAUAUGACCUCGUUCAAGGAGAAUGGAAUGGCUUCUGGCUUCAUCACUUGGGCAAAGCAACAAGUUGAGCUCUUCGCCGAGAUGUUCCGCCGACAAGUUUAUGCCCCCAAUGUCGCCAAUCAGGUUGCGGAGGAAUGUAUCCGCGUCACUGCAUCUCAUAAUCGUAAAGUAAGCGCCUCGUCUCUGUCCAGCUAG